AUGAUUCUUCCGAUGCUCAUCAUUCUUCUACUUCCCACUGCUUCGCCGUUCAAUGAUUUGAUUACGAAGCAGAAAGAAGUCGAAAUUCUACUCGGUGAACGGGAAGUCAUAAUCUUUGAGAUACGGUUAGUCACGUGUUUUAUCAAUAGAGGCCACGUGACCAUCUUGAUUCACAAAAAUCUGAAAGUUUCGAAGCAAGUAGCGUGACCCUUAUAGUUAGCUUACGGAAGGUCACGUGAACAUUUUAAAAUUUUAAAGUUUCUUUUAUUAUAGGGGCAGCGCACAGAAAUGGCGCUGUUGAGAAAAUUUUAACACGCUGCAUUUCAGUAGAAAUCACGUAAAUUAUUUCAGUAAUCGCUCGUCGUUCCCGCUCAAUGAGACACGUGUCGUGCUGUCCCAGUCCCCGUUCCUCGAACACCCCGAUGUUAUUUCCAUCACCAAUGGCACCGCCGAAGUGACCGUUAUCGGAGCGAGUCCUGUGGCCGGUGCUGUCGUCGAGGCACUCAACUGCACUUCAGACGGAUUAGUCGAUUGUCCGUUGAAGUGAGCACAGGAUCAUUACUGAUUAAUGGAAUAUUGAAUGAUAUUUCCAGUCUUGACAAAGCGUUCUCCCGGAUUACGGUCAUCCGUUCUCAAUGGCUUGCUCUGCUCAUUCAAAUCGUCGGCUGGACUUAUUUCGCUGCAUGGAGUAUCUCGUUCUACCCGCAAAUUUAUUUGAACUUCAAACGGAAAAGUGUCGUCGGACUGAACUUCGAUUUUCUUGCUCUGAACUUUGUCGGAUUUGGAGCCUACUCCAUUUUCAACUUGUUGAUGUAUUAUAAUAGUCAUGUAAAGGUAAUUGCGCAUAUUUUCACUCGAAAAUCUAACAUUCUCUCACUUUCAGGCCAUUUAUAAUCUGGAAAAUCCUCGAUCACCGCUUCCGGUGCUUCUGAAUGACGUCGUUUUUGCGGUUCACGCGUUCCUCGCGUGUUUCGUCACCAUCAUGCAGAGCCUUUUCUAUGAAGUAAGCUCAUAUAGACUAUCGAUAGACAAACAUCUAACGGGAUCUUUCGCAAGACUUGCAGUUCAUUCCUUUUCUUAUUUUUAAAGCGGAAAAAGACGUCACGUGAUAAUACGUACCUAUCAAAGUGUCCAGGACAUUUUCGAAUUCUGAAUUCAAACGAACACAUUUUCAGCGCGACAAUCAGAGGGUGUCCACCAAAUGCAUCGUCCUGAUGGUGAUUCUCAUCACAUUCGGCUUCCUCUCCGCCAGUGCCACAGUCCUCAACAAGAUCUCGAUUCUGGCAUUCGUGACCAGCUUGUCCUACAUUAAAAUGGCUGUCACCUGCUGCAAAUAUUUUCCACAAGCCUACUUCAACUGCAUCCGGAAGAGUACUGUCGGCUGGUCGAUUGGCAACAUACUUCUCGACUUCACGGGCGGCUCGCUCGACAUUCUUCAGAUGAUUCUGCAGGCGAUCAACGUCGACGACUGGUCCGCUUUUUAUGCGAAUCCUGUCAAAUUCGGUCUCGGCUUCGUUUCUAUCUUCUUCGACAUCUUCUUCAUUCUCCAGCACUUCGUUUUCUACCGUAAUGUUGAGGUAAUUUCGAUAUUUUUGUAGAUAUUUUGUGAAAAAUAACUGUGUGGUAUUUAUCCGUCUAUCCGCUUGCAGAACUCCGACGAGUCCGAAAAAGCGAAAAGUCAAGAAAUGAGCCGUUUCUAGAAAAAUUAAGUGAAUGCUUGUACUUCAGUUUGAAAAAAUACUGAUCAAUUAAUUUUAACAUUUUCUAACCGGAAUGCCAUUGGCACCGCCACUGCAGCUGCCGAAAUAUAGAAUCUCGUCACGUCAAGAAAUUCAAUUCCACGUGACCUCAUAAGAAUUUGUUAAUACGUGGAGUCUAUACGCGAAAGUACAUCUGAAAUCUCUACAACUGGUCACAUGAAGUACGAAUUGUAUUCUUUGACGUGGCGUGAUUUAGCAGUCUGGAUACUGGAGAAAAAACAAUACUUAUCUCGUCUGCAGGUACCACAUAACGAGUACUCUGGUGUCGACAAUCCAGAUCCAGAUUUGAUUUCUCGCGAUCCCGAACAAUACGGCGACGAUGAGUCGAAUGAGUCAGCAGAGCCAAUUAUUGUUCACGAUUAA